ACGAUUCCGGGCGCUUAUUCGUUGUACCAAGCCCGUGAAAUAAGGAUCGAUGGGUUGGCCAAGCCGUGCCUUCACACUACCCCUGUCUGCUCUAGCAGAGCUCCAGGCGCUUGAUGAGAAGGGCAAAAACCACCAGGCCGUUUCAAACGGGGCCAAAAACGCUCGAGACCCCUCCUCGAGAACGGCUCUCCGGCAGCGUUAGCGGAGUCACAAGCACAAGGUCGCACAGCUACGGAGCGCUUAUAUGGAACACGGCCACGUAUAUGGCUUCGUUCAGGGAGAGGCAGAUGAGUGGACGGGAUGGCAUCAAUCGUGAGGGUACAUGGUCACAGGCUCCAUGUGCUGCUUCUAUUUUUCUUUCUCGAUCCCCGUUGUCUUUUUACACCGGCUCAAGUGACUGGUUUCGGCCGCAUCUGUCCCGUCACAGCCCGACAUAUCAUCGCCUCGGAGCGUGCUGUGGAGUUGGACAUGCGGGUUUUCGGCACCGCGUCACUGCACCUCCGCUAUCAACCAUCACAUCACGCCAGAUGCAUCUCGAGCACACGGCUAAAGCGAGACGAACGCACACGAGCGAUCAUGCAUGGCAUGGAUGAAGUGCUUGAUAACGGUGGAGAAGAACGAGUGUUGCAAAUCGGUCACAAGGAAACGGAAUUACAAACAUACAGUAGCACCAAUGCAAAUACAUAGCUACGAUCGCCAGCUGCUGAGUUGCAGCGGCACUACUGCCGAUGGAGCCAUUGCCAAACGCAGUAAUCGCUGCUCUUCUCGACGAAUGUUGCAAAAUAGCAUCGAGGUGAGAAAAAAGCUUGGCCGCACUAAGUGGUCUCGACUCUCGUUCCAUCUCACUCUCAAGUACAGUACAACCUCGUCUCAGACAAACAAAUUCGCACGCAUUGCGCUGCAUUGUAAGCAUUUUGAUUUGAGACGAGGUGUUGGUGCACGUUUCGUUUCAAGCUACUUUUUAUGCCUUUUUCUUCUUCUACCCCAGCAUAUAAGCUGUGUUCUAAAACCCGGGAGCAUAAAUCAACAUCGUCUGGCGUACAUGUAGGUAGUAUGUGUGUAAAUAUAGAAC